UGCAAGUAUUGAGGUACAGAGCAGUCAUGUUAAAGCCUAAAACAGUGGUUGCAAACCGUAAAUUUGCCGAAGAAGUGUAGUCAAAUUGUGAAGGAGUGGUUCUGGGAGCAUGAAGUUUUCAAAACAUGUAUUGGCCACCACAGAAACCUAGCACCAAUGAAAGUUUUUGGCAUGUGCUCGAGAAGACUUUAUGGGCUGCUUUGACUCUUGCAGCAGGAAUACAAGAUCUCAGCCAGACAAUUAAUGAAACUCUGGAUAUAAAGUGCUAUGACAUUGCAUAAACAAUGCUGAAACAAUGCCACAAUGUACGUGCAAAAUAAUCAAAACUUAUACAUCUCUCUUUCGUUUAAGUAUCCACCAACUUUGAUGCACACCUUGACUUGGCAAUUUUAUUUUACUUUUUCUGUCCUUAACAAGUCAAUUCACAAUACAAAGUCAUUACAAACCACCAACCUUCCUUUUUUGAAGCCAUUCCUUUGUGGUUAAAUUUGUAAUUUGGGUUGUUAUUGACCUAGCAGGUGAAUCUUCAUCUGUCUAACAGGAGCCAACAGGUUUUGUCUCAAUAUAGAUUUAGAUGUUUGUAUUUGGAGCUAUUCAUGAUUUCCUCUAUCUUGACUAGAGCCACAGUCUCAGCUAAAGUGAAGAAGCACCAUAGGACAAUGCUACUACCACCAUGUUUUACAAUGGAUAUGGUGUUCUUUGGCACACAAUGUGGUGACCAGUUCAAGAUUUCUCAAACUCCCAGAAACACUCUGCAACAUUUUGAGUCCUGAAAUAUGGCGUGCCAUCAGGGAAUAAAAACUACAUUGUUUUAUGUUCAUUCAGUACAUUCAGAUGUUCCUACAGAGGAGGCUCUGUUUCCAUGGUGAUGAGACCGAGGGACCACAUCUCACCCUCCCCUCUGUGGUCGCCCUGGAUUGGCUGUUGAGACAGAGCGCUCCGAAAGGCGCGACAUUUUUUCCCAUCAUGCCUUGUCCCAUUCAAGGCAUACAGAGUGAGCUGCUUCACACCAGGAAGUCAUGGCUAAGAGAAAUGCAUGGCACAUAUCAUUUCUCCACUGCUAUUACUCUCAGCUGUGAUGUGGGAGAUAGGAUAAAGAACCUCGUUGGCACACGGGGACAGCAUUAAAAGACAUGGAGAAUGCAAAUCCUCAAUACCCUCUGAAACGCAAGGUUCAGCAGAAGAAGGGACCAGUAGAGAUCAUUAGGACCAAACUGCACCAUCAACUGUCUUGUUCGCUUCCCAAAGUAAAAAGGACAUUAACGGACUUCUUUCCUUUUGUGCUAUGGCUGCCAAAAUACAAGUUCAAGGAAUAUGUGUGGGGUGACGUAAUGUCUGGUCUUAUAGUUGGGGUUAUUUUAGUGCCUCAAGCAAUUGCUUACUGUCUCCUUGCAGGAUUGGAGCCAAUUUAUGGUUUGUACACAUCCUUUUAUGCCAAUAUCAUCUACUUUUUUUUGGGCACAUCCAGGCACGUAUCUGUGGGUAUCUUCAGCCUCAUGAGUUUAAUGGUAGGACAGGUUGUAGACAGAGAGGUCUAUUUAGCAGGGUUUGAUUUGAGUGAGGACAGUAAGCAAAGCUCCAUGCAGACUGGAUGGAAUGGCACUGAAGAUAACCAAGAUACUGCAGUUAACUUCACCAUUGGGGCCUUCAGCAUGGAGUGUGGAAAGGAAUGCUAUGCUAUUAGCAUUGCAACAGCUUUAACAUUCCUUGCUGGAGUUUACCAGGUCCUGAUGGCUGUGUUUAGGCUUGGGUUUGUUUCAGUUUACCUUUCCGCACCUAUGCUGGAUGGCUUUGCCACUGGUGCCUCGUGCACCAUCCUGACAGUCCAAGCAAAGUAUCUGGUGGGACUGAAAAUCCCUCGUCAUCAGGGUUAUGGAACUGUCGUCGUGACAUGGAUUAAUAUUUUCAAGAACAUACAUAGGACCAACUUCUGCGAUAUGAUUACAAGUGCAAUUUGUAUCACUGUCCUACUAGCUGGGAAAGAACUCCAGGAUCGGUACAAGGACAGUCUAAAGAUACCUCUGCCUACUGAGCUGGUAGUAGUGGCCUUAGCGACAGUGGUUUCCCACUAUGCUGAUUUAAACAGUCUGUACAACUCAAGCAUCUCAGGUGCCAUUCCAACUGGUUUCAUUCCCCCAAAGGUUCCAGAUUUCGAACUAGUCCCAAGAGUAGCAGCUGAUGCCAUUCCAUUGGCUAUAAUCAGUUUUGCCUUCACUGUCUCCUUGUCAGAGAUGUUUGCUAAAAAGCAUGGCUACACGGUCAGGCCAAACCAGGAGAUGUUAGCAAUUGGCUUUUGUAACAUCAUCCCAUCAUUUUUCCACAGUUUCACCACAAGUGCUGCACUUGCCAAGACUAUGGUGAAAGACUCAACAGGUUGUCGAACACAAGUUUCAAGCGUGGUGAGCGCUUUCGUUGUGCUUUUGGUCCUUUUGUUUUUAGCACCAUUCUUUUACUCCCUGCAGAAAUGUGUCCUUGCCUGCAUCAUUAUUGUCAGUCUGAAAGGAGCCCUGCGGAAAUUCAGAGACCUUCCUAGACUUUGGCGCCUCAGCAGGAUUGAUGCGAUCGUCUGGAUGGUGACCAUGUGUUCAAGUGCUUUGAUCAGUGUAGAGAUUGGACUUGUGAUUGGAGUAGUCUUCUCUAUGAUCUGUGUCUUAGUGCAAACCCAACGUCCCAAGGCUUCGCUACUGGGCCAGAUCGAGGAUACUAAUCACUAUGAGGAUAUGGAUGACUAUGACCACCUUGUGAUUAUUCCAAAAGUAAAGAUUUUUCGCUUUCAGGCUCCACUUUAUUAUGCAAACAGGGACUUCUUUUUGAAGUCUUUAUUCAAAGCAGUUGAACUUGAGCCAUUUCUUGAAAAAAACAGAAGGAGAAAACUAGAGAAAAAAGCAAAAGCCAGGACUGCAAAGCAGACAGACAAUGAAAAUGGUGAUGUUAGUUUAAGUUUAGUAGCAAGUGAAGUAGAUUUCCACACCAUAAUCCUUGACUGUUCUUCUGUCCCUUUUAUUGAUACUACAGGUAUUACCACUUUGAAAGACACAAUAAAAGAAUAUAAAGAGGUUGGUGUAAAUGUCAUCCUGGCAUGUUGCAACACAACAGUUUUAGAUAUUUUAAGAAGAGGUUCUUUCUUCGGAUCUGAUGAUAAAGACAUUAAUACACGGUCAUUCCACAACCUUCAUAGUGCAGUUUCUUUUGCCACAAACUUUGCUGCACAAGCAGAUGACACUACAUCAGUGUGAGGGGAGUAAAAUCUGAUUCAGUGCCGCUUAAUAUUAAUAAGAUACUCAAUACUAUUAUUUUAAAAAAUAAAAAUUAAAUUCUUUUUUUACAUCAUACAUGAUUAGUUGCAGAAGAUUGCAGCAUUAACUAUGUAAUUUUUAACCUUAUACAGAAAUUCACACUGUACACAAAUUCAUCAGAUUUUGCAUUUUCUUUUAUUGUAAGACAGUGCUAUUGUUACUGUAUGUACUUAUACCACAUUCAUAUAAUGUGGAAGAAUAGAAAAAGUUACCAUUGGUCCCACUUGAAAUCAUUUAUGUAUUGCCGUUAUUUAACUGAUUUUUUUAUAUACAUUUGAUAGCAUUAGCAUACAUUUGUGUUAAUGUGUAAUAAGUGCAUAUUGUGUUUCAUUUAAUAGACCAAAAUAGGGUGCAGUUUGCUAAUUGUAAUUCAUAAUGAGAUUAAAUAAUGACUAAAAUGUCUUAUUUUGGAUGUGUGACAUGUUUAUGUCGGCCAUUGCAGCAAACAGAAAAAUCAGGGCUAUCAAAGCUUCCAAAGCUUUAAAUUGUUACUCAAAGGUUGUCAUGUAGUGUCACAGUUGGGAAUUAAAUGUUUUUUCAUACAAUGUGAAUCCAGCAUUAACUAACUCUUAAGAAUGCAACUAAUGUGAAUUUUGUAUUAAUAAAUUUGAUUGAUUUUUCUUA